AUGCGUCUUCAGCUUACCAUCCUCCGCCACGGUCUUCCUGCGACUCGAGUCCUCUGGACCGUGCUUUCUGAACCUUCCCAUGCAGUUCCCGCGUCUGCCAUCACAUCAACCCGCCUACCCAACGCAGCAUAUGGGAGCGAAGGAUGCACUAUCGCCCAGUUGUUAGAGGACAUUAAUGAAGUUGUACCUCUCGAAACUGCCGUUGACGCAGCAGGUGAAAAUGAAGACAGUGGCGGCCAGUGGGGCUUAGAAGAUUAUGUUGUUGAAGUUAAUGGAUUCGAGUGUCUACAUUUUAUGUCUGUGGAUGGAUUGUUGAGGGAAGGGGAUGAGGUUGUAAUUCGCUCACUAGGCGUACAAGAUAUUCGCGCACGACGACUUUCGGGCCGAUUGCAAGUCUCGACGGAUGGUCGACGAUUAAUCGAUGGCGUUCCGUUCGGGAGACCUUACCUUCAACGGUCAUAUUCGUCUAGACCUCCCAUACGAAUUCCGCCACGGAAAAAACGCCGUACGACACUUUCGGGCUGGACUGGAAAUCUUGACGAUGAUGCGCUGCAGACAGAUAAUCGCCUUGCAUUAUAUGAUGGUGCCUCUGUACUGGAUUCCGAGCACGGGACGGUGAUAAGACAUCCACCAAAACUUUUCGAGGAUGGCGAUGACGAUGAAGAUGAGGAUGAAGAUAUGGACUAUGAGGAAGACACCGAGGAGUUGGAGGGGGAACUCGAGUCGUUGAGAAAUGAAGCAGACACUGAAGUUCCCUUCUUUGAGACUCCCGACUUCAAGCGAUUUCGUGCAGGACGCAUGUCGCGAAUGGCGCAUAGGGAUCCAUUACCAACAAGCAGCCCGGCACGUCCGUCAAUCGUAUCGACGCCGCGUACGAAUCUUACUAGAGGUGUUGAUGGCGAAGCUUCGGUAAAGUCGACCAAGAGUGUACACUUUGAGGCUGACAUUUCAAAUUUUGAGAGCCAGCUGUCGGCACGCGAAUCAUUAGACGAGGACCUGGUGUCUCAAGCGAUCCCUGCAGUUUCUAGUACCGAUGACAGCAGCCUGGAGUCAAGCGACGAAGACUUUUCGGCUGAAGAAUCUGAUAUCGACUCAGGCGGUGAAUCCUCCGUGUCUGAGUCCUCCGAGCUGGAGUCUGAAUCUGACUCCGAGUCAGAGGAUGAAGAGCUCCCAAGAAAGCAAAAGUCAAAAGCCAUCGACGUAUUUACCCCCCCAGGCGAAGGGAACAGGAAAACCAAGAACAGCAACCGUCGCAAGAAACUCCGUUCUCGACUGCAGAAGUUGAAAAGCCUGGGCGAGUUACCACCUGAAGCCAACUUUGAUGACCUCAAAAACUGGCAGGCAAAACAUGGCAAGGCACCACUGACAGAAGUGACGGACCUCGAAGAUAAGCGUACGCCGAGAACGAAAGAACAAUCGGAAAUCGAAAUCAAAAGACAGCAGUUACUUCGAGAUUUAGCAUCGGGUGGCAUUGACGUUGACGGUCAUUCUGAGAAGGAGAAUAUCCCACCACGAUAUAGAAAUGGGAAACAGAAGGUCGAUAUUCAAGAGUCUCCAGAGAAGAUCAAGGAUAGCCCAGCCACUACUGUCACACUGGACGUAGCAGUUGAGACCCCUGGGUCUGAUGAGCUGGCCAAAAUAAGUCCGAACGAAGCUAAAAGGCGGAAGCUUGAUCUCUCGAGCACCAAGCGCCUUCUCUUCGGGUCCUUGGGUGUUCGAACUCCUAAGACUAAAGAGGAUGAAGAAGCGCUGCGAACUAGGCUGGAUGCCUCUCGCACCAAGUCUGUUGCAUCUGAAAAAGCUGUUGCAUCUGAAAAAGCCGAGGAAGAAACUGUUGAAACCCAGGUUGAGAACGCGGACGUGGAUGAAUAUUGGCAACAGAAGAUCGUGCUCAGCGCAACGGAAUGCAUGUACGAUGACAUUGAACUUACAGCUCCUCCAUUCCCUUUCCAACAACGAUGGGACUCCGACGCAAACUAUGCUAUUCGGCAACGCAAGAAUAACAACAAUAAAAAGAACAAGAAGCGCAAACAACGCGACUGGCAGGAGGAGGAAGCGUACGAAGGCCACCAAGAUACUAGCCUGAACGACAACGGCGCAGAUGCGGACAUUACGUUGAACUACGACGACCCACCUAUUUCAGCUCAAGAAGAGAUGACAACCCAGAAGAACGAUCAAGAGAUCGGUGUAAAUGGCGAUGCAGACGACCUACCUGAACUACCAAGCGACAUCACUGUGAUGCCUGUUAUGACCGAAAAGGAAGUAAUGGCCGGCACUGUCAUUGCCUUCAAACAUUUAUUAAUGUCCAAGGCGACGAAUUGGCAACCACAAAUCUCCGAAUACAAAGUUGCCAAGGUCGACAGAAUCCAUGACAAUGGCACGUUAGACAUGACCCUUGCGAAACGUGAUCGAGAUGUUUCUGAGCAGACAGAGGUGGACGAGGACGGCGUGCGCAGAUACUCUGGCUUCGAAAUGCCGGACGACGACCACGAAGUCGAGGACGACGGGUUCCGGAGUGUGACAUUUGCGGAUUUGUUAGAGCCGAAGAUGAUCAAGGCGGCUGUUGUCAAGGAUAUCGAUCAGAGUCAGCAGAGUCAAAAGAAGGUGGCGUUGGCGAAUGGUGAUGGCAAUGACGAUGAACCAAGCCUUAGAUUAAGCCAUCCUCCAUUAUCCGUUCCUGUCAUAUCCGCUGGUAGCAAUGCAGCAUCUGUAGGCGAAGUCGAAGUCGAGGACGAAGCCGACGAACUACCUCCCCCCAUAGCACCCUCGUCGCAAACGCGCCUCGAAAUCUCACACAUGAUCCACGACGCCGGUUUUCGAUCCACAAUCGACUCCGAGCUUGGAAAUCAGCCGGCAUUACUAGAAACGCUCGAUGAUAAGCCGCGGGAAGACUCUGCGAUUGAAAUGCAGAGUGUUGCAAACGCCAAUGAUAAGGUCUCGGGCUCGAAUAGCGAAGAGUUUGCGUCGAGUCCGCCUGAUGUUGGAGAUCAGAUUGAUGGGACUGAGGAAAGCCAGGCCGUGGAUCAAGGAAAAAAUAUAGGGAUGGACAAUAUGGAUGAUGCUGGGUUUCGGAUGGAUGUCGAUGAUGACUUUGUGAUGGACGAUCAGAAUAGUCUGGCUGGUGAUGAGUCGGAUGAUGGGAUAUCGUUGCCACGGAAUGAUAUCGCAAAGAGGCAUGAAACUGAACUGCCUGCGAACGAAAAGGUCAGCUCGAAGGCAAGUGAAAAGUCGGAUGCACGACCAUCUCAACAGACUCCGUCGCAAAUAGUCAAACAGGAACCAGGUCGACAAGCCCAAACAGGUGAAGGAGAAGCCGAAAAAUCGUUUGUGAGCACUACAAUCCGGGCCAACACUCGUUCAUUCACGGAACCAGCUGUCCUCGACAACGGAAGCUAUGAGGAUGACGAUGACUAUGCACCUUCGGAAUAUUCGGAUGCAAAUUCCACAGUCCCUAAUCCGUUCUAUGAGCGAGACGUAGCAGCUACGAAAAAGGAGAAAGCCAAAGCCACAAACGAAGGACCUGCAUCUUUUCAACAAGCCCCUCCUUCUGCUGUUUCCAAUUGGCCGAGAAGAGAUGAUAUUCUGCCAUCUUCCAACAUGCCAAAGAGCAACCAAGAAGCCAAUAACGUGACCGAUUAUACUCCAGAGUCGGCCGAGAAGACUACCAACAAUAAAAUCGAUUUUGAUCUAGGCUUCCUCGAUGAUAACAGAGAAGAAAGCGAGGAUUCGGAUGUUGAUUUUCCUGAUAUUGAGGUGCUGUGGGCGUCUACUGCGCCGACACAGAAGGAGUUUCCUCCGAUUAAGUUGGAGAUGGAGUCGAGCCAGAUGCCGAACUCAACAGCUGAUCGUGAUGCGUCUUUGCCGCCAGUUCGUCGGUCGAGUGUUAAUGAAUCGUCUGCUAUUGAACCAGUGGCCGGUGUUGCGGAGGAUAUGCCUGCCGCUUCAAGAGAGAAGCAGCCGAAGCCAAGCCAACUGCCGGUGACCAGUGAACCGAGUUCAAGAAGAGAUAAUCAAGAGCUCGUCAACGGCGACAACAAUAAUAACGCUGAUGACCAAACAAAACCCUCCUCCCUCUUCCAUUCAGAUUUCCACUCCGCCGGAUCCCAGCAUGACACAAACGACAACGCAGACAUUAACCUCGACGAUACCAAUUACAACAACAAUUCCGACUCAGACGACCAAUACCAACACUCGGCUGACAAUAGCAGCCACCCCGACUUCCACCAACAGGAACAACAAGAAGAAUCCCAAGACCACUCCAUCCCCAUGGUUGAUCUGACCGUCUCCAGCCCGUUGAUAUCACCAGACGGUAGUGACGACGAAGACUUCGCGAAGUCGCAAGGUCUGCCUAGGGGUCCAGGGUGGGUGAAGAAGAAUGUUCCCGGUACUGGAAGGCAGACAAGGUCGUCGACUGGGGGCGGGAUUGUGUUGAGUUCGAGUUUGAGUCCGCCUCGACGGCGGAGGGGCGGGAGGUUGACUCAGUCGCAGUUUUGA